GCAGCAUUGACAGAGUUACAACAAUAUCCGUAGGAACUAUGAAGAAUAAGAUAGUAUUUCCAAAAAAAAUAACCCAAUGCUAAAUCUACGCAGAAGUAACAGUAGAAAAGAACUAAAUAUUGUCCUCUAAUUGAACUGUGGAAGCAAGCAAACUUCUACUCCCUCUGUUCCAUAUUACUUGUCGCUGAUUUAGUACCAAGUUGUACUAAAUCAGCGACGAGUAAUAUGGAAUGGAGGGAGUACAUAUUUAGAUGUCUGCAGUUAAUAUCACAAAAGCAGACACAUGACGUAUGGAAAUGGGAAAUUAUCACAGUACCAAAUCAGAUACGCUAAAGAAAAGAAUGGAAUAGAAGUCCAAAAAUGAAUUUAUUAUACACAACAAUAAUUGCCUAAACAACAUCAUCAAGUAAAAAACCGAUGACUUGAGAAACAAGCUAAACAUACUCAUAGCAUUUUACUUAUGAAGUAUGGAUAUAUAGCGUGAGCUGCUCAGCAUUUGGCAGUUGACAUUUAUGGAAAAUAAUAAUCAGAUCCCACAAUUGGAGAUUGCACUUUGAGCAGCUUUAAGCUUUGACCACAUGCUUAAACAUAUAGGGAAAUAGAAACCAGUAAUAGAAACAAAGGGCAGUAACCACACCAGACUAUCAUAACCGACAAAUGCAUAUUCCGCUGAAUCCAUGAGGAUAUUGCUGUUAGAGUACGUAAUGGGCCCAUUAGUCUUAGGGUUAAUUAGAGAUAAGGGUCGCUUGCUUAGGGGUCAAGUAAGCCUUGCUUGGGAGUCAAGUAAACCUCUCUAUAUAAAGAGAGGAGAUGUAUCAAUCUAAUCAAGCAAGAAUUAAGAAGGAAAUCCCUUCCAUCUUGCCCGGCCGUGGGCAAAAGGCCCCCGGCCGGCCCUCUCGCGCCCUCCUUCUAGCAGCGCCAUAACAAUUUGGUAUCAGCUAGCUUCGGUUCGAUCAUGUCUUCACCACCGCCCAACCUGUCUCUUCCGCUGCCGGUCACGACCGUCGCCCCGCUCCUGCCCGCGCCGGGAUCUUCCGUCGCGCCCGCCCCCGUCGUCCUCACCCCGGAGGUGUCCGGGGCGCUGCGGGACCUAACACAGGCGGUCCAGGAGAUCCAUCUGUUCUUGGCCGGGUCCUAUGGGCCGCACCCGGCUGCGCCGCCCAUCACCGCCACCGCGCCGCCGUGGCAGCCGCCGCACCAAGCGGCCCCCGCCGCGCUCGCCGGGCUGCUGCAGCAGCCACUGCAGCUGCCAUCCAUUGCCCCGUCCUGGCUGCCGUGGCCUCCGCCGCGCUCGUCAGGCUGCUGCAGCAGCCGCUGCAACUGCCAUCCACCGCCACCACCGCCCCGUCCUGGCUGCCGUGGCAGCCGCCGCACCAGGUGGCCUCCGCCGCGCUCAUCAGGCCGCUGCAGCAGCUGCCAUCCACCGCCCCGCCCUGGCUGCAGUGGCAGCCACCGCUCCUGGCGACCUCCGCCGCGCCCGGCGCUCCGCCGCAGCAGCCGCUGCAACUGCAGCAGCCAUCACCGGUCAGCUCCGGCCCCGCAUCGACCGCGCCGACGGGAGUCCCGAUCCACCAAAUCAAGUUCCCGCCGUCGCCAUCACCGCUUCCCCAAGGCGUCCCCAUCCAGCAGAUCAAGCUUCCGCCGUCGCCGUCACCGCUUCCAGCUUGGAUCACUACCCGCCACGUCUCGGCAACGGUGAGGCUGCAGGCUGCUGCACGCGGCCUCCUAGCGCGUCGGCGUGUGCGGGAGUUGCGUGGUCUGCAGCUGCCGCUCCUCCCAGUUGCGCUUCGCUGCGCAAAGGACCUCGAUCUCGUCCGCUGCGUCGGGGAUCUUGGGCAUGCGGUUUCCCCCACGGGCGGCGGGCAUGCUGUUUUCCCCGCGGGCAACGACCUCAAAGUCUGCGACAUCAGCGGUUGGGGGGGCGCACCCCUCCUCGUCAUUCUCCAUCGCAAGCCCUCCACUCUUCCCUGUGCAGUGCAAACCAACAGCCAUCCGGCAGGGAGAAGGCAUGGUGUCACCGACAGCAGCGCACCGUGUAGCACCACUGCAUUCCGCCACCGGCCGCCGCGAGGGCGCCUCUGCUGGUCACUCUUGCGACCACUUCCAGGUGGUCAUACACAUGCACUCCUUUUGUCCAGGUGGUGUCCAUGGGAUCCAGGUGGCUGUACACGUGCACGUCCGACGUGCGGAUGGUGUCCACUUUUUGUUAAGGGGUCCAAAAUAAAGCGUCCCAGUCCAUUUCAGGUUGAGAGUAAUAAAACAAGCCGAGAUGUAAAAGGCUUGUUUUUAGGUGUUAGGUUUGUGUUGCGUCGAGUCAUGGUUAUAAGUUGGUUAGGCUGCAGCUCGAGGACAAGCUGCAUGUCCAGGUGGGGUGUAGUGUUAGAGUACGUAAUGGGCCUAAUGGGCCCGUUAGUCUUAGGGUUAAUUAGAGAUAAGGGUCGCUUGCUUAGGGGUCAAGUAAGCCUUGCUUGGGAGUCAAGUAAA